AUGGGUGGUCUCAUAGAUGCAGAAGUCAAUGGGUCUGAUGUGCUCUCUGCUCUUCGACUCUCUCAACAGGCCCCGGCAAUUCUCGGACAUGGCCCAGCACUAAACACGCACUCGGGUUCGUCCAAGGCCUCACGGGACACGGCCGAGGAGUAUGGCCGGAUUGAACAGCUUUUUCUUGCAUGCCUGCAAACUGGAGACGAUAAAUCUGCACAAGUAUGUCUUGAUCGGUUGAGUCACCGCUUUGGUCCCUCAAACGAGAGAGUCAUGGGGCUGCGUGGCUUGUACCAAGAGGCUAUUGCGAAAGACCAAGCGGCUCUAGAGAAAUGUCUGGCAGAAUACGAGACGAUCCUCUCGGAGAACCCUGUCAAUGUGCCCAUCAUGAAACGCCGAGUCGCUCUGCUUCGUUCCCUUCAGCGGCCCUCCGAUGCCAUUUCCGCUCUCAUUCAGCUUCUCGAUGCCAUCCCCACUGAUGCCGAGGCUUGGGGUGAGCUAGCCGAUCUAUAUCAAUCCCAAGGACUGGGCUCGCAGGCAAUCUUCAGCUUAGAGGAGGCACUGUUGAUCGCCCCAAAUUCUUGGAAUAUUCAUGCCCGGCUGGGCGAAUUGCUCUACGUCUGCUCCUCCGCCUCUUCCGAGGGGGACCCAGCUCGACUUGCUGGCAAGUCGGUGCAACAUUUCUGCCGGAGUAUUGAACUCUGCGAUGAUUAUCUGCGGGGCUUCUAUGGACUGGUCUUGGCCACCUCCCGCAUGCUUGAUCAAAAGUAUGCCCCCGAAAGUCCCUCCGACCCGGCCGUUCCAUCCCGGAAAACAAUCCAGCAACUGCAGACAUUUGCACUUGGGCGGCUUGAACAUAUUGUUCAGUCCCGCUCGGUGGACGAUCAACAUUGGGCAUCCAGUCGGAGUGAAUUAAUUGCGGCCAAGGAGCUGCUGAAUCGCUUUGCGUCGCCCAAAUGA